AUGCACUUGAGGGAUCUUGAAGAUGAUAAGAAGAUGAUGGUUGUCCAGUUUCUCCUUCAACACUCGAAAGAUGGCAUCCCCAAGUACGGCAAAAUGAAAAAAGCCGGCAUCAAAUUCAACUUAGGGCGCCGAACUGUUACUCGUUUGUGGGCUGAAGCAAAGAAACAGAAAGAACAAGUGCACGUAGAUGAGAAAUGGUUCUACAUGACAAAGGCAAAUAAUCGAUAUUACCUCACAAAAGAGGAGCCUGAACCUUACAGGAGCUUUUGCAGGCCACUCUUUGAUGAGAAUGGCAAUGUAUUGUUUGAUGGGAAAAUUGGUAUUUUCCCAUUCACACAAGUCAUUCCAGCCCAAAGAAGAAGCAAGAAUAGGAAUGCAGGAACACCAGAGACUAAACCAAUUCAAUCAAUCACUCAAGCAGUGAUGAGGGAGUGUUUCAUCAACCAGCUUAUUCCAGCUAUCAUGAACAAAUGGCCUCAAGGUGCAUCAAAGUUGAUCUUCAUUCAACAAGAUAAUGCAAAGCCACAUAUAAGUGAUUCAGAUAUAGAGUUCAGACAGGCUGCCUCUCAGAAUGGCUUUGAUAUUAGACUUGUUCAACGACCCCCCAACUCACCUGACACAAAUGUCAAUGACUUGGGGUGGUUUAGAGCAAUUCAAAGCAUUCAAGAGGAGUCAAUUUGCACCACAGUGGAUCAGUUAGUUAAUGCAGUAUGCAAAAGCUUCAUGGAUCUCAGUCCAAUAGCAUUGAACAAGGUUUUCUUAUCACUACAAGGCUGCAUGAUAGAAACAAUGAAGAUGAAGGGGCAUAAUGCUUACAAACUGCCCCAUAUGAGCAAAUAUGCUCUAAUAAGGCAGAAUGCCCUCCCUCUAACAUUGGAAGUGGACAAAGAUCUUGUCGAUCAGUGUAUUAUGCACAUGAUAGAGUCAGGGGAAGCAGAAAGCAUGCAGGACCUCAGUUUACAGUUAGGUUUUGGAAAUCAGGCUCACCACACAACAAUUCAAGCCUAG